GCAAUGUGUGCCAAGUGCUUCUCAAGGUCCCUAGCACAUACCUAGUGCUUGUGCACUGUUAAACAUUGCCAUCUGUAUUGUUUUUGUCAUUACUAUGAUUAGCUUGUUAAUUUAAAUGGCAUACUGAUUAACUUACUGUUAACAGGAUUCUGUUAAUUUUUCUUCAGCUCAAUGAUACGAGUUUUUUUAAGGCCCUACUGUUAAGCAAAGUCAAAUUAGCAAGGUCUUGUAUCUUUGAAAAAGUGAUCAUUCGUAGUGUCAUGAAAAUUUGACACUACGACUAUAAAAGUAGAAUAGUGGUUACCAGGGGCCAAGGGGAUAGGCAGUGGAGAGUUAAGUGUUUGAUGAGUACAGAGUUUCAGAUCCUGGUGGUGGAAAAGUUCUAGAGACAGACAGUGGUGGUGAUUCACAAUAUGAAUGCACCUAAUGAACUUGACACCCUAAAAAAAAUGGUUCAAAUAUAAAAUUUUAUGUGAUAUAUAUUUUACACAGGGGAAAAAAUCAUCAAUGUAAUCUUAAAUAUUACUGCAAAGGCAUCAAGUUAAGUAUGACAAACCGAGUAAGAAUAACACGUCAGAGGCUAAAGGUGAUUUUCAUAUGAGAAAGCAACAACCUCUGAAGGAUCCAGUGAUAGAAACUAUUUAUGAGGACAGGUUUUUCGUUAUUGAACAUGACCUGCUUUCUGCUACUACUGAGAAAUGAGGCCUUCCCAAGACUCAGCAAUUCCCGAGGAGGAGGACAAAAUGUCCAAGUUCAAGGAGGCAGUGACCUUCAACGAUGUGGCCGUGGUCUUCACAGAGGAGGAGAUGGGGCUGCUGGACUUGGCCCAGAGGAAGCUGUACCAGGAAGUGAUGCUGGAGAACUUCCGGAACCUGCUCUCAGUGGGACAUCAAUCCUUCACACCAGAUGUACCAUCCCAGUUAGAAAGAGAAGAAAAGCUGCAAAUGAUAAAGACAGCAGCCCAGAGCUGUUGUUCCUCAGGAAAUCAGAAUCUAAAUGGCAUAGAGACUCUUCGAGAAGUUGGAUUAAGGUAUCUGUCCCACGAAGAGUUUUUCUGCUCAAAGAUCUGGCUACAGGUUACAGAGGAAUUAACCAGGUGUCGAGAUUCCAUGGGAAUUAUUCAAGGAAUUGGCUCUCAAUUGGAAAAACAAAAUGACACACUCUACAAAGAUGAGUUCAGUAAAGACUUCACUCAGAGUUCACAUCUUCAAGUUCAGCACAGAGACUACACUGGAGGAAAACCAUAUAAAGGGGUGGAGUGUGGGAAGGAUUUCAUAUGGGGCUCUCACCUUCAAAUGAACCAGACAGCCUCCACAGGAGAGAAGCCCUAUAAAUGUGAAAAAUGUGAAAACACCUUCCGUCGGUUUUCAAGUCUUCAAGCCCAUCAGAGAGUCCACAGUAGAGCAAAACUGAACAAUCAUGAUACGUCACAUAAAGGUUUUAGUCAGAGGUCAUAUCUUCAUCAACAUCAAACAGUCCCCGCUGGAGAGAAUCCACACAGGUUAGAGGAGUGUGGGAGGAACAUCAGAAAAAGCUCACAUUUUCAGGCUCCUCUGAUAGCCCACCCAUUGGAGAAACCCUAUAAAUGUGAGGAAUGUGGGCUGGGCUUCAGUAAGCGCUCCUAUCUCCAUGUCCAUCAGAGAGUUCACACGGAAAAGAAACUUUAUCAAUGUGAAGAUCUUAAUGUUCAUUGUGGAAUCCACACAGGAGAGAAGCCCUAUAAAUGUGAGAAGUGUGGGAAAGGCUUCGGCUGGGCCUCAAGUCUUCUGGACCAUCAGAGAGGCCAUAGUGGUGAGAAACCCUAUCAAUGCGAUGCAUGCGGAAAGGGCUUUAGUCGUGGCUCAGAUCUUAACAUUCACUUUAGAAUCCAUACAGGAGAGAGACCUUAUAAAUGUGAGGAGUGUGGGAAAGGUUUCAGGCAGGCCUCGCAUAUUCUGGCCCAUCAGAGAGGCCACACUGGAGAAAAACCGUACAAAUGUGGUACAUGUGGGAAGGGCUUCAGCCGGAAUUCACAUCUUAAUGUUCAUUCUCGAAUCCACACAGGAGAGAAGCCCCAUAAAUGUGAGAUGUGUGGGAAGGCCUUCAGUCAGUUUUCAAGCCUUCAAGUGCAUCAGAGAGUCCACACUGGAGAGAAGCCAUAUCAGUGUGCAGUGUGUGGGAAAGGCUUCAGUGUGGGCUCACAGCUGCAGGCCCAUCAGAGGUGCCAUACUGGAGAGAAACCCUACCACUGUGAGGAGUGUGGGAAAGGCUUCUGUCGGGCCUCAAAAUUUCUGGCUCACCGUGGAGUCCACACAGGAGAGAAACCAUACCAAUGUGAUGUGUGUGGUAAGCGCUUUAGACAGAGAUCAUACCUUCAAGCCCACCAGAGGGUUCACACUGGAGAGAAACCAUAUAAGUGUGAGGAGUGUGGUAAGGUCUUUAGUUGGAGCUCCAAUCUUACAAUUCAUCAGCGACUCCAUGCUGGGGAUGAGAGUGACAAGGACUUUGCCUCAUCAGAGAAUACAUACAGCAGAGAAUCUCUAUAAAAUUGCAUGUGUUAAUAUCUCACAUGCGUGCUGAAAUAGUCCUGUCAUAGAAAACAAAACAUUUAUCUCCUUGAGAACUUGCAAAGUGUCAUGGUGGUUGGGUGACCACACAGCAGAGAAGUCCCAUGAGUGUAGAGACAGAGAGCUUCAUUCAUAACCUUCACAUUUAGCAGAUAACUACACGGAUGUGAGGUGUGGGAAGGAUGGAUCCGAUCUGGAGGGAACCAAAUGUACUAAGACAGAAAUGCCCAAAUCUCUUCCACUAGAACAGAAGCUCCCGGAAGGCAUGGACUUUGCUUCCAGCAAAUCCACUUUGCCUUUUCAAUGCCUACCACACUGCAGGUGUCGAGCAAUGUUAAAUGAGUGAAAGGGAGAACAGUCACUUUUGAAAUUUUUAGUCAGUUCCUCUCUAAAAUUUUCUAUAAACUUGUAAACAGAGGAAUUUUCCAAGGAUUGGAGGAUUACGUUAGACACUUGGGAUCAUCUUCCCAACCCUGCAGGUCUUGUGAACUAGUGCUUAUCAAACUGAAGGUGAUAACCUAUUAGUGAGUCCAGAAUCACCAGGUUGUGUAUGGCCAGCAAUUUUGUAUGUUAACAGUUCCUUAUUGAGAUGUAAUUGGCAUGCAAGCACAUGCAUAAAUCUCACGUUUACAGCUUCAUGAGUUUUGACAAAUGUAUCUGCUUGUGUAAUCACGAAAAUCAAUAUAUUCCACAUUUCUAUUAAACCUGAAUGUUUCCUUGUGUA